CAUAUUUUCACAGGUUGAUAGCAUCGUACGCGGCUUAUAGUAUAAUAAUUAUGUCUACAGUUUGACCUAGACUUUUCUUUCUCUCUUUGUCUGUUUUGGUGUCGGAGGAUUGAUUGCGUCCGACUUCCAAUCGAUCUAGCUACCUAGUACUGCACCCCUUAGCUACCACUCCAUACUGAGUCGACAGCAAAUGCCGGCGUUACUCGGUGUCUGCCGUGAAGAUCAAAUCAACAGUGGCAGUUGCUAAAACCUACACAGCUAUUCUGUUUAAAGUUGUCCGUUCCCAGAUGUGGAUCAUUAAUCACUUUAAUACCUUCAUGGUUGGCAUACCGGAGCUUUCACCCUCACACACACUGACACUGUGGAAAGAGGCGGAUGUCCACAUUCACCAUGACUCCAGGUGUAGGAAUCGGAAUGCUAAUGAGGGCAGGAGGACUUCCUUGUGGACACAAGGUCUCGGGACGUGGUGUUUUAAUACAUCC